AAGGAGCAGGGUUUUUCCCGUCCAUUUCAAAACACAAUAUAGCAGUACUCAAAUCCACUGAUCAGCAUGGGAGACCAUGCAUGGCCCUCGUGUGAACAGUGACAUUGCAGCUUUGUGUCAUGCUCAGUGACAUUGCAGAGUCAUACAUUUUCAUUUUCCUCUACAGCUUCAGAAGUGUAAGCUAGAAAACAGCUGAAAUCCCUCUACUUUGAAAGGGAAACAUUCACCAGUGCAUAAUCGCAGCAUUGACUCUUAGAGCAGCUCCCCAACAUCAUACCUUUGAGAUGCAGAAAAUGCGAACUAUCUCAUCACACACCUGAAAGUGAUAGAGAUUUUGGCAGCAUGAUUACCAUCAGCUGCUUUACAUAUCAGCCUGGUAUGAGUUUUGUUCUUCAGGGCAUAUAAGAGCAGAUAUCAAAAACUUGUGUAGGUUGAAGACUGAAAAUAGGGAGAAAUUCCUCCUGUGUCUUGAUUUUAAAAAUUGUGAUUAUUCCAAAUACAGUUUUUACUGUAGGCUCAUGGCAGAGGAAAGUAGUUCCCACAACAUGCGGCUAAACAUACCCAUAUUGCCAGGAAAUCCUGUUGCUGCCAAAAGUAUCUUAAGUUCAAAACAAGACUGGAAAAGUGAAUAGAAAAAUGUCUAGGUGAUAUAAAAUGCAAAAACAAACUUGAUCUGAACAGAUUUUAGACACCUUCUGUGUCUACUCACGGACAUCACUCUCCACUCUUGUCACAGCCAGCAGAAAGAAACAGGAUCUUCCAGGGCAUCACUCGCUAGCUUAUUUUUAACAUCUGCAUUCAGAGAGGUGACUCGUGUACUCCAGAUUCCUGGCUUCAGGGAGGAAAUGUUUUUCUUGUUCUCUUCUCUGGGCAUCUCCUCUAGAUGAUGGCAGAAGACAGGGCAUGGGGUUAGUCAAACCUUACAGCUGAUCAGGUUUCACUGCUAUAGGUAUGCCUGGUUCUCUUAUCAGCUGACAAAAGCAUGGUUUCAGGUAGGGAGGCAUCUCCAGUGUAAGCACUGUGGAGUUAAACUCUAGUCUAUACCAUUUGCAUUAUUGCUCAGCCUACUUCUGUUGCUUCUGCACUGGGUCAGGUGUGAUCUGUUUAUGCAUGCUUGGGAGCACAGUACAUACUGCUUACUUCUCCAGGGUGUAAGAAAUACAAAGUGUGAUUGCAUGGGCAGUUCACAGAGAUCACUAGUCUCUGAGUCCACAGAGAGAGGGUAGAAAAUAGAAGCGUGUCAUUCUCUGGACAUACUGCAACAGGCCUUUGUCCUUCCUGUGCUGAGGGCCCCAGAGCUGGAUGCAGUAUUCCGGGUGGGGUCUUGCCAGAAAAGAGUAGAGGGGAAGAAUCUCCUCCUUCAUCCUGCAGCCCAUGCUUUUGGUGACACACAGCCCAGAACGUGACUGUUUUCUGGGCUGUUAGCACACAUGGCUGGCUCAUGUGAAGCUUCUUGUCCACCAACACCCCCAGGGUCCUUCUUCUUAGAGCUGAUAUCAGUCCAUUUUCCACAUGGCCUAUAUUUGUUCUUGGAAUUACUCCGACCCAAUACACUUCUGCUUUGCAUCAUAAAGCUUCUGAGUCAGACAUAUGGGGAGCAUGUUGUUUGUUUUCAGGAGCUAGUGGUUUCCUCCUUCAAGUGUCACAAUGUACAGGUCUCAGGAAAAACAGUGUGCCAGACUAGUUUGUCCUCCCAAAUCUCAAAUCCAAGGAAGAGCAUAUUCUCUUCCUCUGUGCAACUGCUCAUACUACAGAGGAUGCCCUGUGGAAAGCUCAAACAAGUAAAACUGGGAUAUGGUGUAUAUACAAGUAGAAAAAUCUGCUGAACCCUUUGACAAGAUGACUGCACAGUAGUAUUCAGUGCUGUCAUAAAGCCUACAAAUUGAUGCCAAGGGAUCAGCAUAUCUUGGGCGAACUACAUACAGCUGGAACAGAAGUUUUGAUCCAUCUUUGUUCAUGCAGCUGUUAGCCAGGGAGGAAUAAUCCUUCAGGAAAAGCCACUCAAGUGGUGGGGGUUUUCUAACACCUAAUGAUGGACAGGUAAAUCAUGUGUGUCAGUGCAGGGCAUGGAAACACAUAUCAGAAGUCCAAAAUGCACCGAACAUUGCAUGGUCCUCCACAGGGCCCUACCUGGACCACUGCCAACUUCUCACCUUGUUUCCCAGCCCAGGGUUACCAGGGCUUGACCAUUUGUGUUUGCAAUGCAACAAGUGAAAGGGAACAUGACCUGCCCCAUUCAGAUUGUCCCUCCUGCUGGAAGCACCAGCCUUGCCCAGAUUUUUUUCUUUUGAUGUCUCCUACACUUCACUUGCCCUGAGAGCAGCAGUGAGGUCAUGGGAACACAAAGAGGACACCAUUAAGAGAUCUAUAUCUCUUCAGACUGUGUGGCAGAAUCUAUGAGAUCUGGAAUAGGAAUGACCCAAAGAAACUGUCUCUGUGUGUAUUUCUCUUGAGCCCAGUGCUGCCCUGUCUCACUACCUUACCUGGCACAGUCCCAUUGCAACUGCAGCACCCUUGUGAAUUAUUAACAGGCCAAGUCCACCUGCUCCUUUCACAGCUUGUCCUUUCACACAGUUUUCCUUCCCAGCCCCCAAAUGUUUAAUUCAGGCAAGGUACAGACAGAGAAGAGUAAAAAAGAUUUUAUGUGAAUCUCCAUCUGCUGACAUGACAAGCAGCCAGAGCAAUAGAUGGAAAGUAUGCCCUAUCUCUGCACUCAUGGUGGGCAAGCUGGUCCUCUUUGCAACUUGUUUGUCUUUUGCUCUGACAUUCUACAGACAUCCCUGUUCCUGCUCUUACAGGCAAUAGUCUUUUUUGGGGCUUGUAAUAGGAGUUUAAAGUAUCUCUCAGUCUCCUUCAUGAACUUUUCUGGCCCUGUUCCUUUACUAGCAGCACCUGGUCAUUCACACCCCUGCCAGAAACUGCCAUUUCCGUACCUUUUGCUUAGUGCAGGGUGGAGUUUCCUAGUUUAAGGCUGGUCAAAGUAGGCGGGCAGUGUAGAGCAGGUUUAGAGCUGGGAUGUACAUGAGGAGGACAGGAAGGAGCGAAGCACAGGUGUGUCUGAGACCCCAGCAUGAAGACAGAGUGCCUGUGCAUGAAUGCACUGUUGUCCGUGUGACUGCCUGGAGGCGAGUGUACCACAGCAGCGAAUGUGUGUGAGGGCAACUUUGCCUGAAUCAGGUCUGGUGACGCUUCACAAGGACUUGUUAAGGUCCCUUGGAAUCAUGGUGAAGUCUAGAAGAGUGCAGGUGCUUCUGAUUCUGGUAGUUCUGUCCUUCCUUCUUAUCCACUUCCUACCCUGCAGCAACAAUGCCCAUAUGGAAGAAAAGCCUUCUCCUGUCCACAUCCUCAUUCUCUCCUCCUGGCGGUCAGGAUCCUCCUUCACUGGACAAAUCUUCAGCCAGCACCCCAGUGUCUUCUACCUGAUGGAACCUGCAUGGCACGUUUGGGUUAAGAUGUACCAGAACAGUGCCAAAGUCUUACACAUGGCAGUGCGGGACUUAGUCAGGUCGGUCUUUCUGUGUGACAUGUCCGUGUUUGAUGCUUACAUGUCUAGCCAGAAGAAAAAGUCUGAUUUAUUUCAGUGGGAGACAAGCCGAGCCUUGUGCUCCCCACCUGCUUGUGACUCAUUCAGUCGCAGUGACAUAAUCACUGCAGGCAAUUGCAAAACCAUCUGUGGCAAGUACCCAUUCAGCAAGGUGGAGGAAGCUUGUAAAACCUAUAGCCAUGUUGCCAUCAAGGAAGUUAGGUUCUUUGACCUGAAAGUUCUCUAUCCCCUUCUCACUGAUCCAUCCCUGAACCUCAAAAUAAUUCACUUGGUACGUGAUCCUCGGGCUGUGUUCAGGUCCCGAGAGAAUACAAUGGCAGACCUGAAACGCGACAGUAACAUUGUUGUGGGGUCUCAGGAGACAAAGGGGGAAAUGGGGCCCUACAACACAAUGCAGGUAAUCUGCAAAAGCCAUGUUGAGAUAUACAAGGCAGGAAGUCAGGCUGCUCCAAGCUUCCUGAAAGACCGGUAUCUGCUGGUUCGCUAUGAAGACAUUGUCAGAGAUCCUCUAGCAAGGGCUGCUCAGAUGUACAGGUUUGCAGAACUCCAUUUCACACCAGAGCUUCAGAAGUGGGUCCAUAACAUCACCCAUGGAAAAGGUCAUGGAGUACAGGCCUUUGAGAUUGGGUCAAGAGAUGCAGUGAGAGUAUCCCAGGCCUGGAGAAAGACACUUCCCUUCCAGAAAAUAGAAAAACUGCAAAAUGUGUGCAAAGAUGCAAUGGAUUUGCUGGGCUACCGGCUUGUUCAGUCUGAAGAAGAGCAGAAAAAUAUGUCUCUGGAUCUUUUGUUUGCCCAGAACUCCUCUGAUAUCAAAUUUUGAAGGCAGAAAAGCUGGUCUCUGCAUCUACUUUCUGAAGGCUACAGGGUGCUGAACAAUUCACUAGAGCCAAAGAGGACAGAGGUUCAGGCAUAGAAGAGUAGGAGCCUGCGUGGAUGCAAGAACAAGUGGUACAAGAACCCUGACUACAUUCAGGAGAGCUCUCAGCAGCACAGGGUCACUCUCCAAGAUGGAGAGAGUAUCCAAGAGAUGCAGCCACAAUGGAGGCUAAAGUAAUGCAAGUUGGUUUUCCAAAUUAAUUAUGUUUAGGUUGGAGCACAGAGAAUGCCAGAGGAGUAAGACUCGAUGGCAGAAGCUCAAACCCCCCACAGACCGCAGCUGAAGACCAGGGAAACCACAUGGAGCAGUUGCAUUGCCAAGGAAGAGGAAAUAUAAAAGGAAGCUGAGUAAAGAAAACGUUGCUUCACAUGCUGCCAUGCAUGUGAUAUGUAGUGCCAGAAAAGACGCAAGGAUGACCAGACAUUGGUUUGAUUUGGUGUUGGGUUUUUUGGUUUGUGGGUUUUGGGGUUUUGGUUGUUUUUGUGUGGUUUUGGGUUUUUGGUUUUUUUUAAUGGUUGCUUUUUCAAGUCCAGGUUUCCUUUUGCUCCAUUUGUACGCCUGAGUAUCCAGCCUUGGUGGCAAAGGUGGGGAAAUGUUUGUGUUUACUUACUGUAUAUUGGGAAAAUGGAAUAAACCAGCUAUUGCUGAAAAUAAAACUCCUGGGUUUUUGUGUGGGAAACCGUUUCUGUGAUUAUGUGAAUCCAUUUAUUUUUUAGCUGAAAUAAUUCUGUCUUUUUGCUUUUAAACCCAAGAUCAGUUGUUUUCCUGGGAAUUCCCACAGUCCACAUGGGCAGCAGAAGAUUCAUGCUAAGGUUGAGAUCCUAAAGACAAGGUAAAGACAUAGAUUUCAUUGGCAUAAAUACCAAAACUGAGAAGACAGGUUAAUGGGAGUGUGUUGAAGAAACCAAGAGAAGAUCACAAAGUUCUCCUAUUGAAAUAUUUGGUGAGAGUAUUUCUAGUCUUGGAGCAUAAAAAAAAAUAAAUUUAACAGACUAUGCCAUUCUCCACUGUCUCCAUUGGAGAUGCCAUUCUCCCACCUCCAAUGGGAAUAUAUAGUUCACACCUGAACAACAGAAUUGUUUUCACCUGGUUUUAAAUGUUCCAGAAGACAAGGAGAAAAACUUGCUACCAGAUUUGGGGAGGUGUGAAAUGCCUACAGAUACCUAUUUCUGAAUAUCCUUUCUCAUGUGUAAACUGGGGAGUCCCUUUAACAUAGAACACUCUGCCUUAGCAAUAUGGGUAUCUGUGUUCCUAGAGCUAAACCCCUAAUCCCUGAAAAGAUCGGGAUAUUGUAUUAUGGAAAUAAUAGUCUUACUACUAGGGAUCGUGUUGAAGGACAAAAUCCAUGCUGAGCAGGCAGCACUGGCCUCAUGGCAGUAAGUUCACUGAAAGCAAGGUAUCCUUCUUUACUCUGUGUUUAUGCAAAUUUAGGGUAGGCUGACAUAGAGAAGUGGGAGCUGCGCUGAGCCACAGGAGCACGGAGCCACUGUUUUUCUUUAUAGUCCCUUUAAAAUAGACCUUAACAUAUUCGGGUAAAAGCAGCUAAAAUCCUGUUCUUACUGAAGUUUAAAGAGCUUCCUCCUAUAAGUGCCAAGAAGCUGCAUUUUGAGCAAAAAUAGAUUCUUUUUGGUACAUUGCUACUUAUCUCUACAUUAACCAAUGUCAGCUUGAGCGGCUUAACUUUUAUUAUGAAUACUUGUUUUCAGUGGAUGCAAUCAAUUCUGUGUAUCUGUGCUUACUUGAAUAAAAACCUCCACAGUGUUUCCAGUCAGUAAAAAAAUGGGGUAAAAGUAACAUAUGAUGCAUUUCCCUAAUGUACUGUUUUAAAAAUUACUUACACUUCUGCUUCCUAAGCUUAAUCAGAGAAAAUGCAGAAUUGUUGAUUUCAGUAUGUUUUUAUUACAAUCCUUUAGGUAUGUCUCCUCAAUACAACAAUUUAUAGGAUUUUCUUUUUUUUCUGGGAACAGCAAAG